AUGAACCAACCACUAAUUUUGCCGACUCCGGGAUACGUUUUGCCCUCUCCGGGUCUUAAUGUUUUCUCUCCAUAUCAGCCUGCUGCUGGCAUCGGGCCAGCGUUCUCGCUCAUGCCGCAGCAGCAUGGCCUACCAUCUCCGGUUGUUGCACAAAACAAUUCCAGCUCGAGCUUCUUCAUGCGAUUUGCACCAAAUCCACAAACAUCGCCUCCUACGGGACUGUCCACCGAGGGCUCGCCGAACACGGAAAAGGACUUUAGAAUAAUUACGUGGGAAGAGUUGCGACAUUUAUUUCCAAAACCUGGUCCAGAAGGCCGCGUUGAAUCAGGACUUCUGUCUGACGGCAGAGCCUAUGCCCAGAAGACAGCAAAGCGUGACAACUACUUUCUUUUUCCUUCGAAGUCGGCUUACAUUUUGUAUUUCAUGUAAGUACCUAUCUGCCCAUCAGUCAAGCUUGCCUAUGUGCCCUUUACGAGCACUUUAGUUCUAGUAUUUCCGGUGCCGCUAGAUCUAGUAAGUCGGGGUGGAACUUUCUCCGGUCACUUAAAAGUCCAUGAUUUAAUGCACACAUAAGCUUAUAUAUACUAGCAUUUCCUGCUCUUCUCGUAAGGCCCUGUCUAGUAAUAAAGAAUUAGCCUCCAUUUCAGUGGGAGAAAGUGGUUUUGUUCGUACCGGUUGUGAUGUGAGGAAUGCAUGUGUCAGCUUAUGACAUUUCAGCCUCAUUACCGCCGAUCGGUCAACAACUGGACUUCUUAAGGAAGUGAUAGAAAUUACCGAGUUUCGGAAGUCUUGACUAAGGCUUUGACCCUCCAUGUUUCUAUGAGGUCUGUGAACUUUGACUACGGGCAGCUGUGCAUUCUAUGUGGGAGGUGGAAUACAUAAGCGUGCUGCAAACUUCCCACAGAAAUAGGCCAAUUCUAUACAACGGUAGGACGUAAUCUGCGGCCUGGACCGACCAGUUUGCCUUAUUACCGUGAGCAUUUUUGUUAAUUUUGUGUGUACGUUAAAUAGCCAUUUCUCUCACUCGUCAUAACCUCCGCCUGCCCUUUAUCUUCAAGAAGUCGGUGUUAUUAUGGUGCAGACUGAUCCCAACCCUUUUUGUCUCUAUUGGCUAUCACCGAUGUGAACGGUUUUGGUGAUCAAAGUGCCAUUUGUUUCCUUGCCUAUACUUCCACAAAAGUGCUAAUACCAAAAUUGAUACGAAGUGCCCCUGCGUCCUUUCACCACAGGCCACGCGUCUUCAAACAGUAGCCUUAGCAUAAAUGGUAAUCUUGUGUUUAUGGUCACUGUGGGGUCAAUCGUAGUUGAACGUUAGAAGCUCACAACCCCAAAAACUAGUGGUUUUAUGCUGCCGCCAGACCCAGAGCACCCGAAUAAUUACAAUUGCUAAUGAAUAUCCCAGGUGAAACCUGGAAACGCAUUUGAAAACACUGCUGAAAGGAGUCCCAUAAGGACCCAGCUAGUUUUCUUUUACAGACAACGGAGCUGCUCCCACUCGUACCUCGGCAACUGGAAGGAAGUAGGCUGGCUUCAUAAUUAUGCUACGCAAUUUUACAUUGUGCUGCUUUAAUAAUGCCUAAUCUGGCCGGUCUCCAUUAUGUUGCGGUUUACACUUCUUCACGCGCACUUACCUGUGCAUUCGAAUCUGGAAUGCCGAACUUGUUUCCAUAUCUAACGAAGGCGACCAAGUCUCAGGGACGCGAAGACAGCCCACGUGUCUCGACGACCUGUGUUGGACCAGGUUUUUAAUUUGAAGUUGAUCUGUGAAUUCCGAAUUUUGAGCAGAGACCACUGAACAUGCACUGGUAAGAUGUUGGCGUUUUUAACACGACGGACUUGAGGCGACUCCGAACCCACAGAACAUCCGCAUCACCUAGGAACAGUGGCAUAAUCCUGGCGUUUUUGAUCAUCCUGCACAUUGCAGUCAGUGACUGCUACGGUUAUUUUCUGCCUAUGCACGGAAAUGUCAUCCUCUGGACAAUCAACAAUCGAGCUCCAUCUCCCUCCCUCUCGGCCACUGUAACAACCAAUCGUUUAGUUUAUAAAGACCUCCGUCUAAUCAAGGAGCUGUGGAUACCCGAUCCGCACACACUGCCAUCACGUACACCGAUUCGGCUAUCCGAACCCCGUUGCCGGUCUAAAACUGCUCCAUGUCCAGCUGAGUGCCACACCCCACUUGUGUUUUCCUGCCCAAAACAGUGGCAGUCAGAAAAGGUAGACGAAAAAUUGCUGACGCCUACUCCAAAAUGCAGGACUACCAAUAUACACCAGCGAUAUCUUGUGAUGCUACAGUUGUCAGAGAAGCGUUUGCCGUUUCGAGUUGCAUGCGCUGUAGCCAGUGAAAGAUGAAAGGGGAGAGUAGGUCAGACACCGAAGUCGAUGGACUUACUUUCUUCAAAGUACGCCAAGUCCAGUAGUACUGGUACCUUCGACCGCUGUCAGUCCGCCGCAGGGACUAGGCUGAUGUAAUGGUGUCUGGUGAGGACUGCUUUCCAACAGCAUUUUCAAGUGUUACCCAACCUUUAGGCCUCUGGGCCCAAAUUUGGGGGGACAAGAGACCAGAAUAAGGGUUAAUUUUAAGCAUCAGGGCUUAUGCCCAUUGGUGAUUGUCGACGUAUUCAAGUCUUGUGACGAAAGGCGACCGUCAAUUGGGUCUCGAUCGUGGUUCAGUGCCUCAUCUCCUUAGAUUGUCAUCUGUCGCCAUGACCGCUGACAGCACACACGCGUUUCGUGGGUUCUGUAGUUGCAUUUGCCCAUUUGGAUCCACCGUGGCUAAUAAUGCUGCGCCCUUCAAUUCAAUUCGGAACUGCGGCGACUUGUUCAACUCGGUUACUGUAGAACGAUAACAGAAGUCCAAUUGAAUGACGAGCAAUUUGCCCCUUGCAACUUCUGCUGCUUGUCGAGACUGAUUUUUUGACAACUCACUUAAACUACGCAAUAAGUAGGGUUCUUCUAUGUACGUCUAUGGGGCACCCCAACGUCGUGUUCCGUCCUUGGCUUUUAUUGAUUACUCAAAUUACGCUGUGAUGUCAGCGAACGCCUGUAGGUACACGCAACGGUCUGUGCGCCGGGUACGUGGGAAUGUAAUCAGAUUCAAACUAAUUCGGAAUUUGUACCGGAAGCCAUCUGCUGGGUUGUAAUCGCUAUAGCUGUCGGCACAAUGGCAGGGUAAAGUGGCGAUAAAACGGCUCAUCGUGGUCCUCGUUUGGUUCCACCAAAACCCGCGUAAUCGGUGCGGCAUCAGUCAGAAGGCCAACUUGAGCUCGCGUGAGCCACACAGACGUCGCAUUUGCCGAUCUAUCGUGCUUUCUGGACAAUAUAAGGGCUGUUUGAUUCGAAAAUUCCGUCUAUAGCCUCAACAGACCUUCGCAUAGUCACGAACAAUUAGUAAUAGAGUAAUCAGAAGACGAGGUGGCGAGCAACUCUAAUAAUAUAGUCUUAUCAACCCGGAAGAGGCAGACGAAGUCAGUCAUCUUUGGCUUGCUGUAUUUUAUAUUCAGAACAGGUGGGGGAGUGCACCGCGUGUGACAAAAUGUUCUCGGUCAUUGCCGGCUGGUCAUGAACCUGUAGCUCGAUAGCCGAGGGCUUAUUUAAUCACAAAUGGGGUCCGGAUACAAACCUGCGGUCAUAGCCUGGAUUUUGAAUUGUUUAGGAAGUCCUCAAGCCUGGAUCCGAUAGUUACUCACGACUUCACCGAGGUAGCCAGGUAAAUACCUGGACAACGCUCAUAUGCAUCUCUAAUUCCGGUUCGGCGGUUAGCUUGUAGUCUGACCUAAUUUCACGCCUGAGUCAGCCGCCGAUUGAGUGCAAUACAGGACACUCAUUUGAGAAACGUACUUACUUGUACUUUAUACGGCUGCGCUCAUGCCUGAUCUAGCCAGCCUCGAUGAUGUCACGAACUGUACCUCUCCACGCGUGACGAUCCGCGGCAGCAGGUCUGGACAGCUCAACCCAUUCCCUUCGCCAACGACGGAGACCGAAUACCGAAGGUCCGAGAACCACCUCCAUGUCUUGACGAACUGUGUCGAGCCAGGUUUUGAACUGACCCCCUCUUUGACGCCUCCAAUGGGGCAACGGUGCUGGAUUGAGGACAGUAACACUGAGCUGCUGAGGUGGACGACGAAGAACAUGUCCAAACCACCUCAGUCGUCUUUCUUGGAUGGCCUGAGUUAUCCUUGUGAUGUUGUCGCAGCGAGCGCGGACUGUCUCAUUUGAGACGAAGUCGGUGAACUUCACUCGAAGGAUGAUCCUCAAGCAGUGGGGGUCAAAUACCUCCAGUUUUCGCUCGUCCUCUACACACAAAGCCCAGCAUUCACAGCCGUAGAGAAAGACAGACGAGACAGAUGUACGGUACAGUAUAAAGCCAGCUGCGUUUGCCUGAACGAGCACUUGGAAGUCUUAGUAUAAGUUAACAACUGACUAGAGGAUUUACCUACGGCACCCAGCUGAAUGUAAACUUUCGUAGGAGACCCGUUUUACACAGAUGAAUGUCUAUGUCAGCUCACUUAUUUGCGCUCGGUUGACCAUUAGUGCCUUGAUGUGUCUGAAGUUCAUUGUGGCUAACUGCAAUCGAAUGCUGUUUAGCGACCCAGUUGAGUACGUCUAUCGUGUUGAAGGCUAACACAGACUAAGCUGCCUGAUGGGCCAUGUAUUUUUAAUUAUAAGGCCGGGAAACUUAAUUGCAUAUGGAAGCGACCACGACUGUGCGGCUGUAAAGGAACACGGCCAUUUCACGAAAGAUAAUUUACCGAAUUUAGCUGUCUGUGACUCUUCCUAUAUCUCAUUCUCUGUGAAGAUGUAUCUACGCUAUGUGACGAAACUCCAAAGGAUUAAAAUUCCAAAAUGUAAUUUCGAUUACGAGUUGCAGUGCCAAUUAUCGUUCAGUCCAAUCGUAACCUGUUUCGUGUACGCCUUGAUGCUGGGGUGUAAAUGAACAUAUCCCCAGGCCCCUGCGAAUAUCAACUGGCGUUUUUUCACCGGUUUUCGAUGUCCGUGUGGACUCGGUCACGUAGAAAGUGUGCGCAUGAUAAUCUUCCAUUUUACUUCUGUAAUAAUUUUCGUUUUCACGAACUUUGUACUUGAAAAGAGGUGUUUUCCUGCUGCGCUUACAUUUAAGGUUUCCAAAUGACACAAGCAAAAUCACGUAUCCCUUUGUGCACUUAGAAGCCACAGAGUACACAUAAAAUAUAUUACAUUUCGUAAACCAAAGCACCAUUAAAAUACGUGCAGAUCCGCUGUUACUAUAUAAAUUGUUAUAGUCUCGCAUUUUUUUCAAAAAUGACAGAGUAAUCCACUUAAAACAAGUUCUAUGAUGGGAAUUAUCCGUGCAUUCCUUCCACAAGAUAUGAUCGAACAUAAACAUAGAUCGAUAAUGAGUAGGAAAAUGCGCAUUUCUGAAGUAGCUAUGUGUAGUUGGUGUCUUCUGUAUGUAGCUGUAGAGGUGCUCGUUCAAAAGUCAGCAUUUUGGAGUUUGUGAAGUGCCUUGUGCAAUUGAUAAACAAACUUGACGUCAAGUUUUCGGCGUGCAGAAUAUAAACUCCCCGACUUUCGCUCAUAGUUAUCUUUAACGCCGCAUGCUACAUUAUCCGAAGCAACACUGACUUAUUGCGUCGGCCAUGCGGACCAUAUGUCAAUAAUAAUAAUAAUAAUAAUAAUAAUAAUAAUAAUAGUUGUAUUGAGCGCCCGUGCGGGUAGUGUCACUGUAAGCCAGCCCAAAGGUAACCCAUUUGUGUUUAUAAUGUCGACCGACGGAUUGGACGCCCGCAUACUGACGACGUCACAGUGCGAUAAGGCAGUGAGAGGUGAAAAUGAGUAAACGGCAAAAAACUUCGCCUAAUUUUUUCAAAAAAGUUAUACAAUGGAUGGGAUUAGCGAGUUUUCAGGAGAAGAACUCGCCCAAUGGAGGAAAUGGGUUUAUGAAACAGGAGCACCAUUCUGGCGAGUUCAUGAGGGUUCGAGGCGUUCCUCGCCAAGGGAGGAUUCAUAAACGGGGAAGAGUUUUUCUCAUCACCAAAUCGCCGUAAGUGCGACCAUAACGCUUCUCGGCCGGCUUCAAAAACAACCAAGGUGGCGAGACAGGGGAACCCACUGCGAUCGUCGAAAGUCUGCUUUGGGUUGGAAGAAGGGAACGUCAAAGACCGAGGCUGCAGGGGAUAAUAGAAGUGGAACAGGUUCGAGACUGGCUUUUGAGACUAAUAUGUCACCUUACCGCGCCAGUUAGCACUCUAUAGAACGAACUUGUGCUUCGCCAGCGUUGUCUUUUUGGGUUCUCGGCUUGGCAGUGCGAUCCGGCUUUUCCCCCUCCCACACCUGACGAUUUUAUCCACAUUUACUGAAAGGAGCACAGGCAUUUUUUCUUAACCGAGGCGCAACUUCCUUGCAAAGGUUCAGCCAAACGUUUUGUUUCAACACGGCAACUAUGCAGUUAGCGUCUGCUGCAUUCAAAUUUCAGGACUCUGACCUCUGGAAUUGGCAGAAAAAUCCUAGUUAUUCUUCUGGAACUGGUAGAUUCUCAAUAAUCGUUCGCAGAAACAUCUAGACUGGACGUAAAAGCUUACGUCCCAGUUACCCACUUUUAGGUUUUUUUUCCAGUUAUCUCAGAUAACUUCUAACUGAAGUGCCGCCAGAACACUGCAUGAGUAGCUGAAUCCCGCGGUUGCACCACGAUAAGCCUUUGGGAAUUCCUCGUCUAGACCAGUACUUGUGACUACGACCAGAUGAUAUUUGCAUCAUCGCGUGUUUACUGAGUCACGCCCUAGUAUUUUAUUGGUCCGGUUUUGUUCGCCUCCCCGAGAUUUGUAGUUGACCUUGAGCUCAGCACGCGUGUUGGUGCCUGCAUCAUCUGCUCGCGUUACUUACAAAGGCUCGCAAUAUGGGCUCAUUUGGGCGGCUGCCAACAGUGCGCUGCCGUUCUCGAUUAAAUUUUUGUCCUCUAUUGGGCCGUGAUGACUUAAGGGAACUGAUAUACUUCCUUCGCUACCUAUUAGUGUUUAUAUGUGAUGGUAGGGGUGGGUUCCCACCUUUUGGCUUAGCAAAUGGUGUUGGACGUAUCGCACUGUAUAUUUUGGAUGACUUUUUCGUAGCUGCCAAUAUUGCCUUUGACGUGCGCAGUGUUCUCGCUGUGUAAUUCACCUGUACUUAAUGCGCUCCAGUUAGCUAGGUUAAUAACCUCUAAAAGAGUCGCUAUCUAGGCACGAUACAUUUUUCGAUUGGUAUUCUUUGCUUAUCUAAAUUCAUUCAUCUACCAUAUGUACAUACUGAUUUUAUCUGCAAAAUCCGCAUUUCGGGAAAUUGUGUCUUGAAAUUUAGUAGUUCAAAUUGGGAAAGAAAAUGUAAUCAUGAACAGUUUCCAGACGUCUGCACGAGUGAUCAUGCCGAACUUUUCAAAUGGGAAAUCCGCCCCAUUUGGUUAUUAUUCGCAGGAACAUCAUUUGUCUUAUGCAUUUUUUCGAGGUUUUGUCCACACCACUUUUUGGUAGUGAAAUCUAAUGCAUUGCCAUUCUGAAAUUCAGUCCUGCUUUUUGCCUGGUUUCCUCGCUUACAGCCACUACUACUUCUCCCGCGACAACCUCGACCGUGACCAGACGAUACGCCGUAUGAUGAUAGAAAAUACAGCUGUUUCUGUCGAUAAACUGAUCCAGGCUCCUCGUUUGGCUUCCAUCGGUACAACUGUGUCAGACCUGGAAGUUGCUAUCCAUAAUAGCAAUAUUCUCUGCCUUGUGGACCUACCCGAUGGGAAACGAGGCGUCAAACGCUACGAUGGAUGUGAGUUUAUUGCCUACUUUUCUGCGUCCACAAUGACCCUCAUGUUGUGUACUUAAUGUGACAGUGUUCGAGUUUGACUUGACUGGCCUCUAUGAUGUCACAGGUUGUGCUUCUCUGGACGCGUUGAUUUCCGAUAGGGGAUUUAGAUCGCUCGACAUGCUCGUCUCCAACAACGGCGACCUAAUACCAAAGGCCUAAGAACCAUCGCCAUGCAUUGACGGGCUGUGUUGAGCCGGGUUUUGGGUUUUCUUUAUUGUCGCAUUGAGGUGGUCAUUGACGUCAGAUCAAAAAUACAACACCGAACUCAUGGGUCGGUCGACAAAGAACGCGCCCGUAGUUUGCCAUGGAUCUUCUCCUUGCAAUGUCGCAGUGAGUUCAGACUCAUCCAUGAUGAGUUCAGUGUACCUCACUCAAAGGAUGGUCUUCAGGCAACGGUAGUCAAAGACCGUGAAGACUGCUUGCUGCUUGUGAUGCUUGCGAUAUCAAAGCAGCGAUUCAGGAGACGAUAUCGCCCCAUACUCUUUCCAUGUAGCAGCGACUCCGCCAUGAGGUAUUUGUGGCUAUCCCUCAGGCUGACGACAAUCAAUCUCGAGGAGUGGUUUGCAGUCAGAAACGCAGCCCGAAAACGCUUGGUUUCCUGACUUUGAUUUGUAAUCAGACUAAUUUAGGCACCUCCUUCACCUGCGACACUACGUUCUGUUGUUCGUCGUAGCUUAACGCCGGCAAAUGUUACCGUUGUUGUAGUCAGUCAGCUGGUGCCCUCCUGCAAAUGCGACAUUAUAGUCCGCCCGUCGCAUCUGACGAUGUCCACCGUGUGCUCCACAGCAAGAUGAAGCAGGCACGGUUAGUUUUUAGUUAGGGUGGACUUGCGCGGCAUCUAUCGCACUCCUUCCCACCUGGGUCCGGCGUCCAGACAGCAUCAAAAAGACCGGAGGCUGGGAUGGCGCGGCCGAACCCGCGCCUUGGCGUUCUUCUUCAGACCCCCUUGUCCACAAAUGCAACCAGAUUUUGGCCAAUAACAAUGGCAGAAAAGACGUGGAUGACUGGGUAGCAAUUCGCACGACCUGUAUACCCAGCGGGAGCGCAAGCACGUCUAUCGCCAAAGAACCAGACACCGGGAAACUGCCAGCGCACACCAGCCUGCGAGGCCCACGGCAUAGCAGACGCUCACAACCCUUGGGGCCCAGAAGGGUGACACACAACACUGCGUUUGCCCGCGUCAUCACCCGCCAAAAGUCGUGUAAUUAGUCAGCCAUCGACUGAGAGGCACUACCCAUGUACACACACACACUUCUCACAUGCGUAAGAGUGCCACAGAUUCGGCAAUCGCAGAGCCGGUCACAGGCUGACGGGAUCUGUCAAAGGCCAUUCGGCAUUUCGAACGGUUCAAAGACACCAUUAUUUUCUACGUUCUGCACGAAGCUCAGCUCUGUUGGACCUCGUCCUAGUGGCACGCAUGGGAAUGACAAAGACUUCCGCAGCAAUGUCGUGAAGUCUUAUGCCGUGGUAGUUUUCUCACUUUCGCCCUUCUCGAAAACGAGCGAGGAUACCAGAGCCCCAGUGAUAAGGGACGAGCUAAUUCUCCCGCGUUCAGUUUUCUCAUGGAGCCUGGGCGCCAACGUGCUCACCUGCGGAUUUUAGUAGGAACACCGUCCUCCAGAAGCCUUGCAUAGGCUAGAAAGGGAUACAUGAAGUGAUAUGCGCUGGUCUAGGAAGUGGAUAUCUUCGGUUUGCUUUGAAGCUAAGGAUCUAUAACUUGCGCAAGCGGUUGCAUGGCGACUAGGAAUCAGUCGACACACUUGGUCAACACUGGAAUGGCAACUUGUGGUUUAUUUGCGCUGAUCUAUCAGUGAUGCCCCAAGCCCAGGCUGCGCGCCCAAAUUUCGAACCUGAAUCAUUUGAUCUUACCUACUUAUACUUGAUACGGCUGCGAUCAUGCCUGAUCUAGCCGGCCUCGAUGAUGUCACGAACUGUACCUCUCCACGCGUGACGAUCCGCGGCAGCAGGUCUGGACAGCUCAACCCAUUCCCUUCGCCAACGACGGAGACCGAAUACCGAAGGUCCGAGAACCACCUCCAUGUCUUGACGAACUGUGUCGAGCCAGGUUUUGGACUGACCCCCUCUUUGACGCCUCCAAUGGGGCAACGGUGCCGGAUCGAGGGCAGUAACACUGAGCUGCUGAGGUGGACGACGAAGAACAUGUCCAGCCCACCUCAGUCGUCCUUCUUGGAUGGCCUGAGUUAUCCUUGCGAUGUUGUCGCAGCGAGCGCGGACUGUCUCAUUUGAGACGAAGUCGGUGAACUUCACUCGAAGGAUGAUCCUCAAGCAGUGGUUGUCAAAUACCUCCAGUUUUCGCUCGUACUCCACGCACAAAGCCCAGCAUUCACAGCCGUAGAGAAAGACGGACCGGACAGAUGCACGAUACGCGCGAAUCUUAGUGGCGAUGGAGAGAUCGCGUCGGAUCCAUAGACAUUUUCGAAGGCUUGGGAAAACCCGGCGGGCAGCAUCAGUUCGGGAGAUAAUGUCAUCCUUACUCUGUCUAUUAGGCAGCAGCCUUGCCCCGAGGUAUUUAAAACUGUCUACUUCUUCAAGUUGACAGCCAUCAAUCCCCAGGGAUGCCUUCUGGUCGGGGAUGCAGCUUGACAAUACUUUGUUCUUCCCAGCGUUUAUGGACAAACCGGCUGAUUUAACGACCUCGUUCACCCGUGACACCAUAGGCUGUAGAUCACCAAAGCUUGAAGCAAGUAAGGAGAUAUCAUCGGCAUAGUCGAGAUCAGUCGGUCGGUGUCCGGGUGCAAGCUCAACGCCGUCACCCACGUGUAGGGCCUUCCCGAGGAUCCAGUCAAUAGUUUAGUUGAACAGAAUGGGCGACAGGAUACAACCCUGUCGAACGCCAGACCGAAUACUGAACGGUUGGGAAAGAUUGUUACGGGCCAGAACUCUCGCAGUAACGCCCUCGCUACUGCACUUCAGACUCACGUUACGUCAGAUAGGUCGUGAAUAACAACCCUAUGGUCCCUUUCUUCAUCAGGCGCGCAUCUGAUUUUGACAAUUUUCUAGGCUUUCAGGCUAUUCAGCACCUAGCUAGAGUUUACUUCUUAUGACCCGUCUCCUACACGUAGAGAUAUCACGGAAUCCCUCCCUCCCCUCUGUUUCGACAGUCCUUUCGCUACAGUCAUCUGAUAGGAAGUUUUAUUCUUAGUACAGUCUAACAUCCGUUCUCCCACAUUUCAUAAGGACUGUUCCACCCAGCUACCUGAAUCCACUGCGUCAUCUCAUUCUUGGUGCCUAACCCACGUGUGUUCAACCGCGAAGCUGUCCUGGGCCCGACGGCCACACCUCACUAACGACUCAGUGGCCUGAAGUUGCGUCAACGCACGCUCCACAUGUGGUGGUUCACAUGGCCCAGGCGUAAGAGGAAGGGGUUUCAGAUUCCUUGUAAUUUAGAGCGCAAUAGAGGCCACACUCAGCGCCGAGUAGAAACGAGCUGUCAACUGGAAGCUUUUAGAGUCAAUCGUUAGCGUGUUAUUAUGGUGUGAAAAAUGCAUUCGCUUGCGGAACUAUCCGCCGAAUCGACCUCGCUUUCCAUCCUCCACAGUGCGUGACCGAUCUCAUGAAUUGUUUGCCGGAGUUCUGAAAUGCCUUUUCGACCAGGAAGGAUUAAUCAGGUGGCGUUGUAAUAUUAAUUAUCAUGUAGCAUAAUCCUAUAGUAUAUCGGACUCGCCAGGAUGUCGCCUUUUGGAUGAACUUUUUUCUGAUCUUUCGCAGAAACUGAACUCGGUAAAAAAUGACUACUUAAAUAACAUGCACCAUUCACACCUAUUUUGAAUGGUCAUACAAAUUCAAAUAUAUUUUAUAGAAAACAUGCACAAAAAUAUGCUUUCUUAUACCUAUUUGGUAGAAAAUCAAAUUUUCUUCAUAUUUUAUACCCGAAAAAGUGUGUAUUUAGGUUUUGAAAGUUUCCCAAAUCCCGAAUAAUUUUGGGUCUCGUCAGUCGUUGCAUUCUCGUUUAGCGAUUUCAGUCUACAAGCUGCAUGCGUUCCGCGUAAGGAAAAUCAUAUAUUCCUCUGUGCCUUUCAGAAGAUACUGUAUAAUGUUCAUAAAAUUUUGCAAUGGAUACGGGCUAUGUUGUACACUUCAAGAGGAACAUUUGUUAAACGGGCACGUGGCACAAUGUAUAUACAAACAUCAAAUGGCCAUAAAAACCUCAUUAUUAGAAACCGAAAGAUAACCUUUCCUAGCGCAUAAACUAUAAAGUCAAUGUGGUUUUCUAUCAAACAAGUAUAAGAAAGCGUAUUUUAUGCAUGUUUUCUGUAAAAUAUGUUUGAAUUUGUAUGACCAUCCAAAAUAGGUGUGAAAAAUGAAUGCUACUUAAGUAGUCAUUCCCUACCGAGUUCGGUUUCUGCGGGAGAUCAGAAAGAAGUGCAUUCAAAAGUCGACAUCCUGACGAGUCCGAUAUCCUUUACUACAUGCAAAUGAAUAUUACAACGCCACCUUAUCAAUCCUUCCUAGUCGAAAACGCACUUCAGAAUUUAGACCAACAUUUCAUGAGAUCAGUCACGCACUGUAACUUGACACAGAUUACUUUAGUCAGUUUUAGUAGAACUAGCUUUUUAUAUUCCACGCACCCCAAAAUAACCGCCACUUCUCUGUUAUUUGUUGGCGAUUUUUAACUUAUAUAGUAUCGAAUGCCUUCUCUGUAUUUUGCCUCUCCAGAUCCCGGUAGCAUUGCCGCUGCGACCGGUGUUUCAAGCGCUGCCAGUGCCCUGGAUAGCAAACGUAGGAUAUCGGGAGACAGUACCGUCUACGCAGAUCGUUUCCAGUCGCCCGGGCCUCUUGAUGCCAACUCCAUGAAAACGGGCAGUAUCGAAUCUGCUAGUGUCGUCCCAGCAGUUCCUACCUCGCCCUUUCACUUGACCCCGGUUUCGCCUACCAAUGCGGCAGCUGGAGUACCAGAAACAGUCCCCAGGAGCGUCUUGUCGCCUCCCAGCGCUACUGGUGUUAGUUCUGGUGGCGGCCUUGCUGGGCAGCUGACCCCCGCCGCUACCGGUGCUACCUCUCCUUCACAGAGUGACUUUCGGAGGAUGUCUCGAUGCAGCAGCAAUAACAGCCCGCCAUCGCCAAUUCCACAAACCUCUAAUGAGCCAACAGUUGCCUCCACAUCUUUCUCUUCGCCUCCUUCGCAAUCCUACCUGGUCCAGGGACAGCCAGUUCUACCCACAUAUGGCGGUGGCGAUUAUCCACUUCAGCUGCAGACCACAUCAUGUGCCUUCAGUCCACAGAUCCCAGUCAGUUUUGUCGGACGGCCACCACGCACUGCUCCCUCUGUGAGCUCUAUUGACGCUGCUAUAGCUGCUGUCGCCGCCAUGUCGAUUGGUCAGGGUGCUAGUCCGGCCGCAGCAGCGACGGCGCCCAUCAGUCACGUAGUCCCGAGUGCCGCGACUUUGCAGCCACCUCCGGGGCUACACAUGCUCUGUCCGCAGCUUGGAGAACGUGGCCAUGUUGGGGGUCCGACUCAGCAGCACCCAAUUCCAGCGCCCUAUCGAGGUUUGAUGACCACUCCGGACCAGUCCCCCAUGGUAGCCGGCUCUGCGGCACAGCACGCGGCCACUGGCGGACACCAGGAUGCCACUUUUGCAGCCCUUACCGCUCUGGCUCAAGUGUACCAACAGCAACAACAAAACAUGCACAGAGGUCCACCUGUUCAGGUCCAGCCCGGUCAACCGAUGUACCCCUACCAGAUGCACCUUCAGACAGCUGGUCGACGAAGUACGCCACCACCGAAUCACCCGACACAUGCCUACUACCACCUGGCGGCCGUUCAUCAGUCUCUGCAGUUUCCCCAACUGCCUCAGCCGCAGCAGAACCAGGCACAGUUUUUCUCCAUGCAGAAACCGGCACCUGGUGCGCUCUCAGCUUUCCCAUUCACGGCCGCUGCUGGGGCCGUUGAUGGCGGUUACGCCGGCUUUCGUGGGGGAGCGGCUGCAGGUAGUGCUGGCACUGGUGCCGCCGGCUUCCCGCCCCAACACUUCAUCUCGGAGUCGGUUCUCGGCAAUACGUGGGACACAGCAAAUGCUCUAGCGGCUGCCGCAGCCGUUACUACGGGCAUUCAACUGCAGUACACCGCAAACCCGUCGGUUGGUGGGCUUCCGAUGGCCUUUGAUCAACUCUCUGUUCACAAUCCUCACCGUCCUCAAAUUGUGUGGCAUCAGCAUAUGAACCCAGUGACUGCUGCUGCUGUGAAGAUUCCUGGCUUCGACACCUCGCCAGCAAAUACGCUUCCCUCGAUGCCGUCAACCACAGCUUCUGUCUCCUCACUGGCGCCGUCAAAGCCGGUAGAAGUGCAUCCUUGCGCUGUGGAUGAUCCCUCCAUUGUCGCUGUUACCGAUUCCGGCGAAGCUGGCUCCAACCUAAAGUCAGUCCCCAUGUCCGUUGCGACGACGGCGGCGUCGUCCACGAGUGCCGCCACUGUCUCAAGUACAAAACUGCACACUGUGACCGCGGAGCCCAACACCGCGAAUGCCCCACGAUCGGGUAAGGGAAAGUAUAGACCGCACCAAAAGCCUCACGCCUCUCGCACUGUAACUUCUGUCGACGGUAUGUCUGCGGGUUCCACCAGCUCACCUCCGCGUAGCCUCCCAUCCAGCUCCGAUUUCAAGGACCGACCGCAGUCAGCUCUUAGUUUACCAGUGCAAAAGACGACUCCAGAAUUGAAACAACAUCAGAAUACCGAACCGCUGUUGGCCUGCGACCUAGGCACCAGUUUACAUUCAAACCCGGAUUGA